AUGGCUGCCACGCUGCGGCUGAGAAGACUGUUGGUCUUUGAUCCUUUGACCCCGUGCACGCGCCGGCCCCCGCGACCUGCCCGGCCCCGCCCGCCUGGGCUGGGGGCUGCGGCCCAGUGCAGGCCCGGCGCGGGCCAGCCCCAGGAGAACUUUAUUCCACUUCGCAGGACGAAGGGCGAGAGCUGGGCCCCUGCCGAGGCGUGUGCGGUGCCGUUCCUGCCCCCCAAUGCGAGCUGCCGUGUCCCCACGCUGACGCCCCACGACAUCCUCUACGUGGGGCAGAUUCAAAGGAAGCACCAGGCCAGCAAAACUGGGGGGGCUGCUCUGGACUUCACGGGGCAGCUGGCUCGUUUCUUCCUGGAUCACCCUGAGGAGGCCUUCGGCGCCAUGGGGCGGCUUCUUCAGGAGAACUUCUACCUGGGGGAGGCGCGGCUGCGGAGCAAGGCGCGGGAAAACGCCAUCUCAGUGAAGACCCUGGUCCAGGAGCUUGGCCGGAGGGCGGGCAGGCGUCACUGCCCCCAGCUCCAGCCCAGCCCGCGGCUGCGCCGGUUCUCCUGCCUGUCCCGGGACUGGCUGUUCGAGGUGCCCCUGGGCCUGCUGGCCGAGUGCAUCCACGAGGACCUGGCGCUGCAGUGGGCGAAGCUGCUGUUCGACGACGCCCCGACGGGGGGGGCCCUGGCCUGGCUCCCCACCAACGACGUGGCUCCUGCCCCCAGAGGCUGCCUGGUCUACCCAGGCGGGGAGGCCAUGAACCUCCUCUGUUUCCAGGAGGUGGCUCUGGAGCAGGUGGCCGGUGCCCUGCAGCCCCGCGCCCACGGCCGCCCGGCGCAGUUCGAGCUCAGUGGCCGGGUCCGCCAGGUGGCCGCCGCGCAGGUGGCCGGGGAAGCCCUCGUCGGCGUUCGCUCGGAUCAUCACUGUGGUGCCUGGCGGCUCCAGACCGGCACCGCCCCUGUCCCGCUCCAGGUCAUUCGCACCGACGCGCCCGCCUCCUGCCUCACCGUCAGCCCCCACCUCCCCGGGGAGCUGUCGGUCUGCACCCUCAGCGGGGCCGUGUACCUCUGGAACGUCGAGACUGGGCUGCAGCGCCUGCGCCAGGACCCCGAGACGGCGUUCUUCCGAGAGGCGUCGCCAUGGCGCUGGAGCGAGUUCACCUCCCACCCGCGGGUGCUGAGCUGCGCCGACCGCACUGGCCUGCAGUGCCUCGACGUGCGGGCUCCCGCCAGUCGCCCGUUUGAUCUGUUCAAGGUGGGAGGAGAAGCCGAGUGCCAGAGAGGAGAGCGAGUGAUGCUACCCAUGUACCUGGGCAGGGCCCACCCCUGCCAGCACCUCGUCGCCACGCAGUUCUCGGUGUACGUGCUGGACGAGCGCUUCCCCCGGGUGCCGAUGCUGCGCUGGGAGCACAUGCUGGAGGCCCCGCCCAUCUGCGCCCAUCUCACCCCGGGCCGCUCCCAGGAGACCAGCCACAAGGUGCUGCUGGGCGCCCACCGCACGCAGGAGCUGCUGCUGCUGCAGUACACGGGUGGCAGCCAUUCAGCCUGCCAGCUCGCAGGGCCCCCCCGGCGGCUCCAUCCCAUCUCCCAGGGUCUGCAGCACCUUCCCCCGCAGGCGACCCCCUGGCAGGGCCUGCUGCACCAGAGGCUGGCCGCGCCCGCCGCUGGUGUGACGGCCGCCCCUGCCGGGCAGGGACCACUGGAGCCCUUGCUGGUUUUCCAGCUCUCCGAGGCCGGGGACCUGUUCUACCAAACCCUGCUGCAUGAGCCGCCGGCAGAGAGUGAGUCGUCGGCAGCCCCCACCUCGCCCGCGUCCCUGCCAGUUCCUGCUGCGGCCGGCCAGCCCUCGCCCGCGUGGGGCGCCUCCCUGGGCUCGGGCAGCGAGGAGAGCGGCCGCCUGCCAGGGACCGUCUCCGAGGGCACCGCCGAUGCCGGGCAGGCAGCAGCCCCAGAGGAAGCCAGGCCCAGUGGGGGCCUGGCAGCCGCUGCCCGCUACGGCUGCUGGCUGAAAGCUCUCCUCAGGGACUGGAGCCGGCUGCCGGAGCAGAGCCAGCCCCAAGCCCCCCACACCAUCAGCCAUCAGCGCCUCUUCACCCGUGGGGAGCUGAGCCAGCCGGCCGGGGACAGCCCCCUCUACCGCCAGGCCCGCCAGCUGCUGUGCCGCGCCAUGCGGGAGCGGGCCUGCCUGGCGCCCUGGGCCCUGGGGCUGCCCCCCACCCCCCUGGCCAUGCCCCACCCCAUGGAGCCCUGGGCCUGGCCCGACGACCUGAGCAAGCGGCUGACGGCGUCGUGGGCGGGCGGCUGGGGUGAGUGGUGGGAGGAGAAGCUGGGCGUGACCAGGACCCACAAGCUGCACGCGCUGAGGGACCGGAGACGGCGCCUGAAGCAAGCACGGAGCCGCCGCAGCCUGUUUGGCAGCUUCACCUCCUCCGUCACCUACCAGUCUGACCUCAGUGACUUCUCCGCCUGCAGCCAGCCCCCCAGCGAGCCCCCGGGCCGGGCCGAGGAGCUGCAGCCCCCGGCCCCUGUGUGCCGCCAGGACCUUUCCCCACCGAGGGCGGGACGGGGGCACCGGCCCCCAGCCCCUGGGCAGGUCUGGCCGGCCUCCCCGCUGGCCAGCAGCUCCCAGCGCAGCGAGCAGGCGGCCUGGGGCAGCCAGGACACAGAGGACUCUUCCCAGCUGCUCUCGUCCCAGACCCUGAGCUCGCGGGGCAUCCCCAAGGAGCGCAGGAAAACCCUGCGGGACUACCUGGCCAUCUUCACCCAGCCCUGCCCGGAGCCGCCGGCCGAGCUGCCUGCGAGCCAGACCUCGAGCCUGGGCAGCCAGCGCUGGGGCGCGUCCUCCCAGAGCCAGCGCUCCACAGGGUCGCAGCCCCCCCGCAAACGGCCCCGCAUGGGCUUCUGAGAGCCGCCGCGGGGGCCUUGUCUGGAUGGGCGGCAUCUGCGCAGCCAUGGCCUGGCCCCCUGGCCCUGGGGCUGUUGGCCAGUGCAGAUAACGCAAUAAACGGACAGGCAGCACCUGGGCAUUGUCUGUGCCGUGGGGAUGGACCCGCCGGCCGGGGUUUUCUGGAGCAGGCCUGACCCCCAGCAUGUGGCAGCAGGUUCGUGGGGCCUGGGGGCUGUCAGCUGCUGCGGUUUCUCAGGCACCAGGCAGGGUGGGCGGAACACCGGCAUUGCUGCCUGCUGCUGCCACGUGCAGGGGUGGGUGGGAAGUCAAGCUGGGCCUGGCUCUUGUUCCCCACCAGGGUCCCUGCUCCGGCUGCCGUGUCCAGCCAGCCCCACACUGCAGCUGGCAGCAAGGAGAGAGAGCCAGAUCCGAGCUAGUGCAUGACUCCCCCGCUGCCUCUGCAGGGCUCGUCUGGGGCAGGGCCUGGCACCGAUGCCAAGGGAGCUGGGCACAGGGGCAGUGCGGGGCGCAGAGGGCUGUCCUGCUGCAUGGGCAUGGAGAGCCCAGGCCUGUGGGUGUAGCUGGGGCAGGGCGUUGGCACACACCUCACCAGUGGGAGCGGUGAAGUGCCUGUGUCCUGAGCGCUGCUCCCCCUAGUCCUCUAGGGUCACAGGAGAAGUGGGGGCUCCCAGCCCUUUCCACAGGGCUGGGGAACUGACCCUGGGGGCACAGGAAAACCAGCAAUGAGCUUCUGAGCAGCACGCAGUAUGUAUGUGCCCUGCGGAACUCACUGCCACUGGAUCACCCAUCAUGUACAUUCAGCCUGCCUCAGUGGCUGUGGGAAAGGCCCCUCGGGGGGUUUCCUGCCCCUUUCUCUGCAGCAGGAGCAGCAGUGAGUCCUAGGCCCCAUCAGACUGAACUGCAUGGGCUGCUGGGCUGAGGAUUUUCUGUGACGGAUACUAGAGAGAGAUGGGCUCUGGCCCCCGUCCAUUGGGCCGGGAGGGGGAUUGGGGGGGUCGUCCUAGCCCCCUCCCACCCUGCGGGGCCCCCAGUUCAAUGGACACAUACUGGAGCUCCUCCACCCCCCAUCUCCACUGCCCCUCUGGGGUGAGCAAGCCGUGCCAAGUGCCAGCUCUGCCAGGCAGGACCCGCCCCGCCCCCCUCUGACAAGCAGAGAGCCCGGGAGGCCUGGCCGGAGCUUGGUGUGCUUCACGGCCAGCUCCCCAGCUGCGGGGCCCCCAGCGGCAAGGGAAGGCGGCAGGACUGUGCACAGAGGCCUAGGCGAGAGGUCUGUCAAAGCAUGAGUGGUGCGGAGACAGUGACUAGGGACGGGAUAUUUUCCCCCUUCUAACACGGCCUGGGGUCACCCCAGCAAAGGACCAGGCAGCGGGUUUCAGACACACAAGGGAGUGUUUCCUCCUCCAACUCCAGCCAGCCUGUGGAACUCCAGUGUAACCGGCUUCAGAACCCACCGAGCGUCCCUGCAGGCCAGGUGCCUCAAUGGCUAUUAGCCAGGAUGUCCGGGACGCAGCCCCCUGCUCCGGGUGGCCCUAGGCCUCUGGCUGCCG